UUUACCCGAUGAAAUCAUCGUUCCAUUGCAUAAGCUCCCGCCCAUCUCGUGACUGUUACGGCCGGACGAACAGCCAGCAAUGGAAGAAGAAACCGCAACAUCACCACCAACAGAUCUCUCCAACCCAACCAAAUCCUCAGACCACGCUCUCCAAAAGAAGCACCAAGCAAUGCUCGAUCGUCUCUCUAAUCGUCACCAAGCCCGAAACAAAUCAUCAUCCUCCUCCUCUGCUACCGAAUCCACCGCUUCUUUCCUCUCCAAAUUCUCCGAUUCCAAACGCUUAAUCGAGUCCCAACUUUCUGAGUCAUCGAAACUCGCCACUACCGAUACCACACGCCUGAAAUCUCAUCUUGCCGAUAUUUCCUCCUCCAUCUCGGCCCUUGAACAACUUGUCGCCGAAAACUCCUACUUACUCCCCUCCUACGAACUUCGUUCCUCUCUCAAAACUGUCUCGGAACUUAAGCAGUCUCUCGAUAGUCUCAACGCCGAGCUUGUUCCCAAGAAGAAAUUCUCCUUCAAAAACAAAUCUACUAACAAAACUUCAGUGUCUGGACCUAAAGAAACCGAGAUCGCAAAACCCGAGCCACCAAAGCCAACGCUUGUAAUUAGGGAUUUGCCCGGAAUUAGAAACAAAGAAAAUGAGAUAUUAGCAAAAAAUUUCAGAGACUCAGAGGCUGGUGAAUUUACAUUAUCGGAUCUGGAUUCAUGUGAAGUGAGGUUAAUUGGUUGCGUUAGUGUACUCUUCAUUAAUCGAUUAACGAAUUGCAAAGUUUAUGCGGGGCCAGUGAUGGGUUCAAUUUUGAUUGAGGAAGUAGAAAACUGCGUGUUUGUGUUGGCUUCACAUCAGAUAAGGAUACAUUACGCGAAAGGAAGUGAUUUUUAUCUGAGAGUUAGGAGUAGGCCUAUAAUUGAGGAUUGUGGAGGCGUUAGAUUCGCGCCUUACUGUUUGAGCUAUGAAGGGAUUGAGGACGAUAUGAUUAAGGCAGGUUUGGCGGAGGACACUGGGAAUUGGAGCAAUGUAGACGAUUUCAAGUGGCUGAGGGCUGUGCAGUCGCCUAAUUGGUCUGUUUUGGCGGAAAGUGAGAGGGUAGGGGCAAUUGAGCUCAAGGAUUUGGGAAGCAUGACUGGAGAGGGUUAGGGCUUAUGGGAUAGUGAAGUCUUGCUCUGAUACGCAAAUCUCAGUGCAGGUUUGAGUGAUAAUAAAUGUUGAUCAAAUGAAGAACGAUGGCUGGCAGUGUUGGAUGGACUUUGAAGUAUGGACCUUCUCCCUCCCCUAAUUCACUGCUCAUAUUUUUUUGGAUGGAAGCCUGACUUCAUUUUCCAGUGGAUUUCUUUUGUGAGAACUUUACCUUGAAGGUUACAAGUUUUGAGAGAUGUUUGUACGAAGAAGCGUGCCACGAAUGAUCUUCAUGGAAGCUUGUGGGCGUCUGUUUGCAUUUUUGUAGUUUCUGAAUCUGAGUUUUCUUAAAUGCUUUUAGAUGUGGCAACUUAGGUAUUUUUAGCUAUUCAGGUUGGAGAUGUUGAAAGUUCGAAAAGAUUGUAAUUUUUCAUGUAAGCCUUGUGGCCACUGGGGCAGAGAAAUGAAACUAAUAAUAUAUUUCUAAAGUAAUGAAGCUGUUUGAAUCCUUAUAAAA